AUGAGGCCACUGAACAGUGUCGAGGUCCCCAAGGCUGACCCUUUGGGCCGCAAGAUCCCAUGCGACGUUGCGGCCAGCAGCAAGGCCGCCAAGAAGAACGCGCGCCGGUCCGCCAAGCGCGUCGGCGCGGUGCGCGGCGGAGGCCGCGGCGGCGGGCGCGGCGCCGGCGGUGGUGGUGGCGCGUACAGUGGCUCCCAGAACUCGGAUGAUGAUGAUGACGAGGAUGACACGGACGAGGGCGAGGGCGGCGGCAUGAUGGCCGGCAGCGGGGGGUAUCAUGGCGGCAGCGGCGCCUGGGGCGCCUGGAGCAGCGCUGGGGCCAGGCCCGGGUCGGCAGGCUCGGGCAGCAGCGGGGGUGCAGGCGGCGGAGGUGCCAAGCUUGGGCGCAGCCCGCAGCAGGGCGCAGGGCCGACUGUUCACGGUAACGACACCCUGCUUAUGGAGGACGACCCGCGGCUGGGGCAACGCGGUGACGACGAUGACUUUGGCCUGUCUAUUCCGGCAUCGGCUGUGCGCGCGGCGGUCGCCUCGUCUGCCCUGCCCUUCUUCACUGGUGACGAGGAGGCGGACGACCCGUACGACCAGGUUGACCCCAACUGGGGCCGCGUCGGCGCCCUGGGCUCCUCUGGGUCGUGGUCAAACCCAGACCAGGAGGUGCGCCCCACCAGGGGGCCAGGCGGCGGCCGGGGCGGAGGCGGCCGCAGCGGUGCCGGCCGCGGCACAGCCGGUCCCGGCCAGGGCGGCGCUGUGGCGGACAGCUUCACGCCCAGCUUUGCUUCGUCGGGCGGUGGCGCGGGCCGGGGCCGCAAGCCGUCGCCGCUGGCUCGCACGACCCGACCGGACGAUCCUGUCGUGCCGCUCCCCUCGGCAGCAGCAUGGGGCAAGCAGCCAGCGGCCUCCACCACACGUGAUUGUCCCGGCGCCACUGCCGCGCCGGGCUCGUGGGCAGCCAGGCUCGCGGGCCGCCCUGCCGCCUCAGCUGCACGCGGCCCUCCGAUCAGCAGCAAGGACCCUGAGGCAGCAGUCAACGAGAUCAUGGGCCGCAUUGUCAAGUCCAUGCCGCAGCUGACCACCACUUUGCUGCGCCCCGACGGCGGCGGCGUUGCGGCGCUGCACGCAGCGGUGGCAGGGGCGUGCGAGGAGCUGGCUGCGGCGGUUGAAGGCGGCCGGGAGGGCGAGGUGCUGGCCUUGCUCGAGGCCUUCACACCAACGCCGCCGCCCCCCAACGACCUGCUGGCUGCCGGAACCCAGUAUCCCGCCCCCGUGCCCGUGCCAUUCCUGUCGCCCGUGACAUCAGCAGCGCCCCUGCUCAGCCUGCCGCGUGCCGUGGCCGCCUCUGGCGCCGCUCCCUCGGGGGCGCCCGGCGGCUUCCCACCGCCGCGCAGCCUGGGCCCCCUGCCUCCGGCGGCCGGCGGCCCGCCUGUACACUCGCAGGGCCCGCCGCUGUUUGGCGGCCCCCCGCCCGGCUUUGCUCAGCAGGCGCCGCUGGAUGCCGCCCUGGGGGGCAUGCGCCCCAUGCUGGGCGGCCUCGAAGCGCACGGCCCACAGUUCACCCUGUCGCACGGCAGCGGCCCGCCAGUUGGCACGGGCAUUGGUGCGCCUUUCAACCCGACAUCGCAGCUCCUUCCACACAGCAUGCCCCCCGGGGCGCUGGCGGCGCAGCAGUCCCAGCACCAGCACCAGUCCCAGCACCACCACCUGCACCAGCACCACCAGCAAGGGGGCGCCUUCCUGCCGGUCCCGGGACAGCACCCCUUCGCAGCACCGGCCAGCCGCGGCCCUCCCACAGUUCUCGCUUCCCAGGGGCCUGCCCCGCACCUCAAGCACGCGGCGCCACCUGGCUUUGCUGGCCCCACCCUGGUCAGCGCAGCAGCAGCGCCGCCGCAGGCUGGCGGAGGGCCGGCGGGGCCCGCCCCCUACCUGCCACCUCACCUGCGCGCCUCGCAUGUGUCCGUGGGGGCAGCUGCCAAAGGACCGCCGCCCGGCUUCGGGGCUGGCGCGGCUGUCGCGCCAUCUGGAGGCGGUGGUCCGCAGAUUGGAGGCCUGGUGGGCAUGCUGGCGCGCAGCGGACGGUCGUGA